CUGGGGUUAGCUUUUGAUGCGCAAAGACAAUCUCCCCUACCAGUCAACACAGGUAUUCCUCAAGGCUCCCCCAUUUCACCAAUCCUCUUCGUAUUCUACUUGACAAACUUGUUCAAGGACAUGGAGCCAGGAGUUUUAACUCCACAGCUAAGAUCCCCCUCCUUUAUUGAUGAUAUUGCUUUUAUAGUCACAGGCCACACUGAGCAGAGCGACUCCAAGGCAUUGGAGGUGGUAGCCAGAAGUGCCUAGAGUUGGGCAGCUAACAAUGUAAUAGUAUUUGAUGAUCUCAAGACAGAACUGAUGAAUUUUCACAACAAAACCAAUAACCUUACUACCAACUCCCCUGUCACUCUUCCUCAUGGCACUAUUAUCUACCCUUCUUAGUACCUCAGAUGGCUAGGAGUUUGGCUUGACAGGAAGCUUUUGUUUAACUUCCAUGUUGAGCAGAAGAGAGCAGCAGCAACUAGGGCACUUAACAUGAUUUCUAGACUAUCCAACUCAGAAUGGGGUCUCUCAGCCACAGCAAUGAGGCAACUAUACUAUACCUGCAUUACCCCAAUAGCUGACUAUGGAGUAGAGGUCUGGUGGAAAAGUCAAAUUGGUCUUGCUAACAAAUUACAGAAGUUGCAGGCAGAGGCAAACAGAAGAAUACUAGGAGCUUUUAGAACUUCACCUACUGCUGCAAUGGAGAUUGAAGCAGCCACCCUUCCUGUUUCUUUGAGCCUUGACAGACAGUGAGAGAGACAUGCUUACAGAGUUUUACAGAUGCUUUCUGACCAUGCUAUCAGGCAGAGAACACCUAGCUCCUUCUCCAGCACCAUGGCAUCAGCCCUUGCACCAGACAGACCAUGCUCCUUCUCCUCUCAGAGUGGCAUAUCUUGGACUUCUACCUACAAACAACAUAAUAGAAAAUACUUGUGGGAUCCACAGCAUGAGCCAUAUGGCAAGAUGCAGGUUGAUUGGAGGAAAACUGACUCUGAGCCAGCUAAGUUCCCUACCCAACUAAUAAGAGUAUUAAAUUCACUAAGUUCACACCUGCCUGUAGCACUAGAGGUUGAACAGUGUUACCCAUUCCUGCAACCCCCCUGGGAUACCCACCUACCUGACACCACCUCCAGACUUGACAUUACUAUCAGCCAGGAAGACAAAGACACUCCAGCAAAAAGUCAUAUCACUCUCCUCAACUCCCUCAACCCUUCAGAAAACCUUGUUCUCUAUACAGAUGGAAGUGAAUUGGAGAGUGGAGGAGUAGGAGCAGGAGUGGUGAUGCAUGUUGGUGGGAUUGUUGGGAGAUGGAGAGUUGGAUUAGGAUUUGGGAUGAAGGUGUAUGAUGGGGAAUUGGUAGGUAUUGCCAGAGGACUCACAGAAGCCAGCAGGUCCAGCCUAUCCUUCAAGCACAUCUGGGUUUUCACAGACAACCAAGCAGCAAUCAUCAACUCCCACAGACUCUCUCCCCACCCUGGACAACAAAUUUCG